GCACAAUUUCGGCGUAGUUCUCACCACUCAUCCCUCAGACACAUUCACACUCCCUCUCCAUUGCCUGGCCUGUCGCCCUCCCACUUUCCCCGUCUCCCUUCCGGACCCUCUAGCCCCUCCCUCCUGGUCAGGCACACUGUCUCGCCACGUACCCGAGCCUGCCUGCUGCAUCCAAUGCAGCCACUGUCUCUCAUCGUACUGCUCAGCCUCUACGGAAUGGCAGAAGCUCAAGUUCGUGUACGUAUAUGGCAGCCAAACAUCGACUCCAGCAAGAUCAAAGAGCCAAUCCGAUUCUGGGAGUUGGUUGAAAUGCGACCGACUUCGUCCACAUUACCGCCAACGCCACCGCAACCGCCGCCACCACCGACAACGAAUAUUACAACAAAGGCAGGAAAUCAUGAGACAGCUAUCACCACCAGCACUACCAGCACUACCAGCACUACUAGCACUACCAGCACUACCAGCACUACUAGCACUACCUCUACGACAGCUACCGUACCCACUGAUGCUAUUCCCACUACAGUCGAAUGGGCAGCGCCAACUACUGCGGAUCUUUGUGGAGAGACGGAUCCAAUGGCUUUGCUAAAGAUAAUGAAGGACAGUGGUAUCUACAAUGAGAUCUACAUGGCUCCGGAUAUAAUCACUGCGAGCCGCCAUUUUCCCGAUUUAGGAGGGAAAAACUUUAUGAAAGCGAAAAGUAGAUACCACUGCGAUGAAAAAUGUGAAAAGAAAUCGAAGUUAGUUCGCCUGGUGAUGACCGGCGAUGAACAACUACCGAAACCAAAAGAAUCCGAACGAGCAUGGUGGAGUGAGGACGAUUGGAAGCGAGACACUCGGUCGAUAAUGGGUGCUUUGACUUCGAAAAGUGAACGAAAAAGAGAACUCCAAAAAACUGUGCGAAACGCACUCAGAGAGCUGGAACGUAUGGAUCAUGACGAAAUCGAAAGCUCUGGAGAAGACGACGAGCAAGAAGAGUUUGAUCGCUUCUUCACUAGUGAACUCCAUUCAGAGCUUCUACAACUGCGAAGUAGACGAAGUAGACGAAGCAGAAGCGCGCUCGAUGUUUUGAGGGAAAAGAAUUCUGGCACUGCCAAGGACGUGAUAGGAACAACAAUCGCAAUCGAAUGUCAUGACAGGCGCGAAGUUUUGCAAGCAGGCUAUCAACUAUGCUCGUCCUGUCGAGCAGUGCGACAUCUACCCAGUUCGUAUUUUCCGCGCGUCCUCAACGAAAUUAUCUGUGGUGAAAGCUCCUGCGUUAGUGGUGAUGGACGAUGUGCUCAGAAAUUUCUACCUCUCAAGAUUCUGCACAACGAAGGAACUGAUCAAUGUCCAAAAUGGCGUCUUGAAUCUAUUGACCUCAGAACAUGUUGUGAUUGCGUGAUACAUCCCUAUUCUCCAUUUGUUCGAUAUAUUAACGAAAGGCUUUGACUGAACCUUCUUUAGGCAAAGAUCUGUGAUAAUUUAACACGUUUGUUGGUAGAGGACUUGACAUCGCCGAUGAGGUCCACACCAUGACGCUUGAUAAGGCUACAAUUGUUGAGAUGCAAGAGUUUCAAAUAUUUGAGCAAAUGGUAUCUUUCGGCGUCAUAUUCUCUUCUACCCCAUUCUAAUUUACGGGCAUUCCAAGGAUUACGUGUCUGUUUUGAACAUGU